GCCUCAGGCAGCCGCCGCGGUCCUGUUGCGCUGUCGCCGCCGCCGCCGCCGCCCGGGUCCCUCCCGCCGCGCCUGUCGUGGGGGGCUGCCUCCCGGCUCCGGGCGUAGACACCAUGUACGGAUUUGUGAAUCACGCGCUGGAGCUGCUGGUGAUCCGCAAUUACGGCCCGGAGGUGUGGGAAGACGUCAAAAAAGAGGCACAGUUAGAUGAAGAAGGACAGUUUCUUGUCAGAAUAAUAUAUGAUGAUUCUAAAACGUAUGAUUUGGUUGCUGCUGCAAGCAAAGUCCUCAAUCUCAAUGCUGGAGAAAUCCUUCAGAUGUUUGGGAAGAUGUUUUUUGUCUUUUGUCAAGAAUCUGGCUAUGAUACAAUCCUGCGUGUGCUGGGAUCCAAUGUCAGAGAAUUUCUACAGAACCUGGAUGCUCUGCAUGACCACCUGGCCACCAUAUACCCGGGCAUGCGGGCGCCUUCCUUCAGAUGCACAGAUGCAGAAAAGGGCAAAGGACUCAUUCUGCACUAUUACUCAGAGAGAGAAGGGCUGCAGGACAUUGUCAUCGGUAUCAUCAAGACGGUAGCUCAGCAAAUCCAUGGCACUGAGAUCGACAUGAAGGUUAUUCAGCAAAGAAAUGAAGAGUGUGAUCACACUCAAUUUUUAAUUGAAGAAAAAGAAUCCAAAGAAGAGGAUUUUUAUGAAGAUCUUGACAGGUUUGAAGAAAAUGGCACCGAGGAGUCACGUAUCAGCCCAUACACUUUUUGCAAAGCUUUUCCUUUUCACAUAAUAUUUGACCGGGACCUCGUGGUCACUCAGUGCGGCAAUGCCAUAUACAGGGUGCUGCCCCAGCUUCAGCCUGGAAAUUGCAGCCUUUUGUCUGUCUUCUCUCUGGUUCGUCCUCACAUUGAUAUCAGUUUCCAUGGGAUCCUUUCACAUAUCAAUACAGUUUUUGUAUUGAGAAGCAAGGAAGGAUUGUUGGAUGUUGAGAAGUUAGAAUCUGAGGAUGAACUGACUGGGACUGAGAUCAGCUGCUUACGUCUCAAGGGUCAAAUGAUCUACUUACCUGAAGCAGACAGCAUCCUUUUUCUGUGUUCACCAAGUGUGAUGAACCUGGAUGAUUUGACAAGGAGAGGUCUCUAUCUCAGUGACAUCCCUCUCCAUGAUGCCACACGUGAUCUUGUUCUUUUGGGUGAACAAUUCAGAGAGGAAUACAAACUCACCCAAGAACUGGAGAUCCUUACGGACAGGCUGCAGCUCACGUUAAGAGCCCUGGAAGAUGAAAAGAAAAAGACAGACACACUGCUCUAUUCCGUGCUUCCUCCCUCCGUGGCCAACGAGCUGAGGCACAAGCGCCCAGUGCCUGCCAAAAGGUACGACAACGUCACCAUCCUCUUCAGCGGCAUUGUGGGCUUCAACGCCUUCUGCAGCAAGCACGCCUCCGGGGAAGGGGCCAUGAAGAUCGUGAACCUUCUCAACGACCUCUACACUAGAUUCGAUACACUCACGGAUUCCCGGAAAAACCCCUUUGUUUAUAAGGUGGAGACUGUCGGUGAUAAGUAUAUGACGGUGAGUGGCCUUCCCGAGCCCUGCAUCCACCAUGCCCGGUCCAUUUGCCGCCUGGCCUUGGACAUGAUGGAAAUUGCUGGGCAGGUUCAAGUGGACGGCGAGCCUGUUCAGAUAACCAUAGGAAUCCACACUGGUGAGGUAGUUACAGGGGUCAUUGGGCAGAGGAUGCCUCGAUACUGUCUUUUUGGAAAUACUGUCAACCUCACAAGCAGAACAGAAACCACUGGAGAAAAGGGGAAAAUAAACGUGUCUGAAUAUACAUACAGGUGCCUGAUGACACCAGAAAAUUCAGAUCCUCAAUUCCAUCUGGAGCACAGAGGCCCAGUGUCCAUGAAGGGCAAAAAGGAACCGAUGCAAGUUUGGUUUCUUUCCAGAAAAAAUACAGGAACAGAGGAAACAAAGCAGGACGAGGACUGAAUCUAGGUGGUGAGGCGAAGAGGCCUACAGUUUGCUUCCAGCUACCCAGUCGCCCAGGCCAAGCCAAGGACAGUUACUCCCUGCGGACUCGAAUCUUGCCUUGCCCUUUCCAGUUUCUCUAGCCUUUCUUUGGGUAUAUCUCUCACUCCUCAUUAUUCAGCUCUAGCUCUGCUUUUGAUUAUUUUCAAAGUUUAAUAUGUGAUCUGAAGUUUGGCUUUAGAUGUGGAUGAUGUGAACUUCACGUGUCGUAAAAGCUGUUACAAGUUCUACCCACAUGGUAACUUGCAAGCAGCAGGCACCCAUAACUAUCUGUCGAAUUUAAUGACAUGAAGCUGAACAGUAUUUGGCUGUGUAUACAUAGAUCAUGGUUAACCAAGCCUCAUUUUGUGCUCCAUCUAUAUGUAUAUUUUAAUGACUAUAACUCGUAACAAAGUUUAUAUCGUGUUGCUGUAUAUCAUUGUAGAAAUCAUUUUCUAAAGGAGGAAAUUCUAAGUUUUAGGAAAAAGAAUGUAAUUUAUUUUCAGACUUCCAAAAUAAGACUUAAUAUACCAUGCUAAGAAAAUAGUGACUAUUUUGAAGUAUACUAAUUUCCCUUCAGAAAUACAGAAAGCAUUUCUGUUAUUAAGCUAUUUGGUUGCUCAUUCAAAUCAUAUGGCGAUUGUAAUUGCUUAGCAAUGCUAUGACUUGUAUUUUAGCCUUUGUAUUAAAUUUCAUUAGCCACAUGCGGUGGUCAUGGGAAGCUGCCCUGUUUCACAUUGAGCUGCUUUCAUAGCUGCGGAUACCUGAAGGUGCAUCUCACCAGAUCUGAAGGAGCCCUCCGGGCACCUCUUAAUCAGAGCCGUUCCAGUCUUUUAUUCCCAGAAAUGAGCUUCUCUUGCUUUAGCUCAAAAAGUUGUGACUAUAUUCUAGGUGUCAUGUUCAGAAGGGUUAAUUUGGACAAAGAAUGCAUUCCUCUUGGAAUAAUCGGCCUGCUGUUCUUAAAUGUCUCUGAUAAUUUAUUAAUCUCUACCUUUAUAAAAUAUAAAAUACAACUACUUUUGUGUAAAAUGUGUUGGUCUCUAUAUUUAGUAUUCAUAUCAGCACAUCAGUGUAUGUAUAAACAUUCCAUGUUAAUGUGUAAAAGAAUCUGCAAUAAAUUA